CUGGCUACAUGUCCCCGCCCUGAGCAGCCCAAGUGUCAGCUUUCACUGCACGGGGGAGCCUUGGCUACUGUGCGUUCCAUAAUGACCCCCAGAGAGACACAGGUGAUCGAAUCUCUUCAUCCACGGGUUGUGGGCUUCCUCCAGGAUGUGAUCACAGAGCCUGAUACUGUAUCUCUCUACUGAUGGCUGUUACUGGGCGCUUAUAUGUGGAUACAGUUCCAAUUGCUCUAGGUAAGCAGUAAAGGGUUUAUAUUGUCUGCUAUUGAGAGUCUGUGUUUGUAUUGUAUGUAAUGUGGACAUCCACUGUCCUGUGUGUUGUGCGAGUCUGUGUUUUUUAUGCUUUUGUUUACACCCCCACACUAAUAAUAUGCACUAUAUAUAGAUUUGUGCAAACACCCUAGAAUAUAAUGUAUAUUUAUUAAUCCACUAAAAAAAAGUGGCACGCCCUGUGUAUUGCGCUAAGGAUUUAAGGGGUUGAUCCACUAAACAUUUUAAUUGUGGUGAAUACUCCCAGCUAUAUGGGUCACUUUGGAGGAAUAGACCAUAAACUGGAUUAUUGACCAUGGAAUUAUAAAUUGUAGGCCAAGAUGGUCAUAGUGGUGAUAUCCCACUGACUUUAUUUUUCUGCUCUAUUCUGGCUUAAAAUGUACAAUUGUCAUUUCCCUACAAUUCUUGGUUUAGUGUGUAAUCGUUGAUUUAUGUAUGGAUUGUUUUUAUAUUCUAUUUAUCUACACAUCUGUACAAAAUCUAGAGUACAGUGUGUGUGCAGGCUGAUAGUCAUGUUGAGCUGGUUUGGGUGCCUUAUUCUUUGCAUUACUGAAUAUUUGAUGAGUGCAUGUUCUGCUCUCAUUAUCUCUUAGCAUCUGGUGUGUUUGCAGGAGACAUUAGUCUGUGUGGGUGAAGCCAAAUUAGUAGAAUGCACGGGUUUAGCUGGAUUAUAGCUGUUAUUUAUUUCUACUGGAGAUGUUAGGACAGCCAGGCUGCAUGUUGUCACAUUUUAAUAUAUUUUUUGUUUGUCACUUAAUUACAAUAAGCCUUAGAUGCAGGCCUGCAGGAAAGCCCUUGUGCUGGUUGGGAGAAGUUAAGGGUGAGUAAUGUCAGAUACAGGGCGUGAGGUGGUAUAUUCAAUGAUCAUAUAAGAUAGCAGUUAACAUGUUGUUUAUUAUAUAUGUUUAUUAUAUAUAUAUAUAUAUAUAUAUAUAUAUAUAUAUAUAUAUAUAUAUAUAUAAUAUAUCUCAUUUUUUUGUGAAUAAUGUGAUAAGUAAACUGGAAUGAAUGUCCAGAGUGCGUUGGCUUUACAGUACACCUUUUAUUUCUUACCAUGAGAUACUGAAAAAUAUGGCCAUGCUGUCAUGGUGAGGGACUCACUAGCGUACCACAUAUACUAUUUUGUCUGAUUGUAUUUGUGGGCAGACGUUAAAGUGUUCUUUAUUUGUCUGUGUUGGAUAAGGGAAACUAAAGCUUAUUUAUGUUUUUUGCUUUAGUAGAAUGUUGUGGAACAUAUUCUCAUUUGGAGGCAUUCUGUUUUGGGUUUUGCCUUUGAGAAAGUUGACGCUCAUCCUUUGCAUCGGAUAUUGUCAGUGUCCCCUGACACUUGGUGUUUGGAGUGCUGAAAUGUGGUGAAGGCAAUAAGUCGUCCGCUAAUAGAUAUGAGUCACUUGACCAGUUUCUGCACUGUUCUGAUGUUUGUGUUUAUCAAGGAAUCACAUGAUUAAAAUGUAACUGGCUGCUAUAACGAUACUAUUAUUCUGUGAGUGGUGUAACGCGAACCUUUCAAAUCAGCAAGAUCCAAUGAUCAUUGGUACUUCAUGAUGGCAGUCAUUAGUAUCUUGGGUUAGAACCAGUUCAUUCAGUAACGUCAAACUUUGUAUACAUUCCUGAUAUGUCCGUCAUUACUUUAUCAUCCGUUUUAUUUAUAAUACAUUGUAUUGAAAUGUUUUUUGCUUUUUUUUUUUUUUUUUUUGUAUUUUUUUAUUUAUUCAUUUAUUUUAUAAACUAUAUAUCUUUUUUUUGAGAAAACAUAUUAUAAGCUUGUGGUAAGGGACCUCUAGUACCAUAAAUACACAAAGAGAAGUUUUCACUCUGAGGUAAACUGAGUGUGCUAUCCAAGAGUUUCCAUAUGUCCAUAAGCAACAGAAAAUUAACAAUGGAGUCCCAGCAUCCGCAAAUUGCAAAUCACAAGUUCGUUCCAUAAAAGUGUGGAGUUGGCAUUUCAAGCCAUUAAACUGGUGUUUGUCAACACUGUUACAUAUAUAUUUAAAAUAUUACUUUUAUGACUUUUUAAUGAGCAGUAUGUAGUUGCUGAAAGAACAUUAAUGUCUGAAAGAAAAUACUAUAUUAAUUUAUUGUUUUUCUCCUUUUAAUAGGAAAUAUUUGUCCAUCAUAUGUGAAUAAAUCUCUAAAAGUUCAGGUGUCAUGAAAAGGGAUCUUUCGGUGCCUUCUGACAAAUGACAAAAAAAGAGACCAAUAAAUUGGUUGUGUUUUUAGUUUUUCUUUUACAUUUCUGCUAGAAAUAUAUUUUUGAAGUCAUAGUGGACAUUAGAGAAAACAUGGCAAAUACGGUUAGUCUUGGAAGGCAAUAUGACAUUUAAAAAUAAAAACUUACUGUUUUCUUAAAUAUUCUCAGUAUUAAGUUUGUAUUAGAGAUAUUAUUCAUGUUUAAUGUUUUUCAAAUAUUGAUGUACACUUGUAUAUGGGACCGUGCCUGCAAUGAACUGCAAAUCUCAUGAUUACAGCACCAUCAUUAUCCUGCUGAUGGCAACACGUGCCCUCAAGGUUGCCUGUUCAUACCACAAAUUCACCAGUCUAUGUAAAAUAUUACUCUGAAAGAAAUGUGCAAUCUGCUAGUAGAACAUAUACAGGUUUUGUUGGUGCAUAGCGUGUAUGACUAUGUGGGUAACUUCCCUAACAAUCAAAAAGCGAAAAGAAAUGGUUGAGCCAGUUAAUAAAUAGAAAUAUGGACAUAUUUAAUAGAGAGUUAUAGGAGGGAAUGGUGGUAACCCUUAAUUGAUUAAUUUUAUUAAAAAAAAAUAAAAACACAAAAUAAAUCUCAGAUUGUAAUCUGUCUAUGAGAGUGCAAGCAAUUUAUAUUAAGACUUUUUAAUAUGGUAAUGAGAACAGAUGGGUUUUCCUAUACAUGGGUCUGUGCUGGGCUGUGGUCUUAAAUUGGUAAUAAUAAAGUGAGUGGAGUAGGAAUAGCUGCAGUUUUUAGUGCCUGUUAUUUAUCUGUAUUACGUUAAAUACCUAUAUUUCACUCAGUAUAUUACCGGGGCUCUGGUCAACUUUCAGGCAAAGGAGAGAAAUGUAAUUCAAAUGGGUAGGAUUUAGAUAAAGAGUAGAAAGUCUAUUCUAAUAGACGUGGAGGCUACUGUGCCUUCGAGGGCACCCCUUACUCAAAAUUCUACUCUCUCACUAAGCAAAGUUAGAUACCCAGACCGUCCAGAAUUAAAUAAAUAAGAGGAACACCAGUCCGUGGUAGGUAGCUAUGUCAGUUGCCGCGGCUAGAUACAUGAUUGUGACAUGCUGACAUCUCUAGUAUGAAGAUUUUGCUACCCAAGCCCCUGACGUGCACGUUUCGCCAGUCAGCUCAUCAGAGGGGAGCUGAGCACAGGUAAGUAUCAGGGAUUAUAAGUCCGGGUGUCUGUUUAUGAUUUGUCAGAAAGGAUUUGAAUUUUCCAAUACGAGUAGAGGGCGAUGUUUCCUUGCCAAACUUUUCACAGGAAAUUAACCUUUUGUGAUAUAACUGUGGUAGUGGAAAAAGGUUAAAAACAACCAAAUUGAAAAAGAAAUAGGUGCAUUUUUAAAUUGCUUUGUGUGCUCACAGUAUAUAAAAACGGUGUGAGUUUUGGUAAAACGGAUAGUUACUGAAAGAAUAUUUAUUUAUAUUGAGAAUUCUUGUCAUAAUAUAUGAUUUGAAUCCUACGGAUAUGUAUUUAUAAUGCAAGUGUGAGGACCAGUUUGGCCAGAUGAUAAACCGAUACGUAAGUAUCAUAAAAAUUGAUGAUCUUUUGAUAAAUAUUGUAUCAUUUUGGAUGUCAUAUGUUAACACUUUCCUUGGCCGAUAAGGAAUAAUGUGUUUAGAUAGAUGGGGUGGAAUUAGAAAAUUAAGAGUUUUUUAGUAGGAAAAACAGUAAUUUUUCAGUUAACUUGACUUAGUUUCUAUUUUUCAAUUAGGAUAUUGCCUGCGAUUCGUUUAGCAGGCUAUUGGAAAGUGAGUACAGUUAUGUGUGUGAAAACAUGUACUCCAAAUUUAAGUUACAUUGGUAUCCAUUUGUGUAUGUCUUAUGUUAUUAUUAUUUUUAAUGGAUAAAGAAUAGUAUGGAUGGGGUGGAAUUAGCCAGUUAGGAGUUUCUAACUAAAUUAAGUAUCUAAUUUUUAUGAAUUUCUUCCUUAAUAAUUAGGAAUUAACUAUGAAUUCGUUUAGCAAGCUGUUAGAGAGUAAAUCAAGUUGCAUAUGAAAAGACCAUUCUACAGUUUGGGGGUGUGCCAAUAAAAAUGCCCUCCCAGGGUGCCAAGUAACCUAGGUAUGCCUUUUGAGUGAGGGUGACAUUCCUUGCAAAUAUAUUUGCACACAUUAAAAUAUGUAUUUGUUUUGAAGCUUUCUUUGCCAUCUUCAAGCUGGUUCUGUAAUGGCUACAUGCCCAUUCAUACACUCACAUCACCUAGAUAAAGCAAUAAAAAUGCGUUUAUAUAACAAUUUGUGCACAAGUUUCCUCAUUUUGUGGUUUAGCUUUAGCACCAUUUCUCUAUGAAGUAGUGCCAUGUUAUUUUCCUUGUAGUUCCAUGUUGGGGGAACUAUUAUUUUCCAGGAUAUUUAAUAUUAUGUUUACUUAUCUGUGUAUUUAAUAAAUAUGUAUUUGUGGGAUAUGAAAGAUCGAAUUAAACUUACAAAUCUACAACUCUACAAAUCCUGCAACUGGGCUCCCUCCAUCUUGGCUUCUUGUUGAUCAUUGUUAAAUGCUCUGUCCUUUGCAGACAUAGAAGAGGAGAAUCACUGUUUGCCAUGGCCUUUCCAUGUCCGAACUGGAUUCUGAUAUUAUUCGUUAAAUGUUAAAGAAAACCGAGCAUCUUGUGGGAAAAAAAGGUUAGAGGAACACUAUAGUCACCUAAACCACUUUUAUCUUAAUUAAGCCAUUUUGGUGUAUAGAUCAUGCCCCUGUAGUCUCACUGCUCAAUUCUUUGCCAUUUAGGAGUUAAAUCACCAAAACUGCUUUAUUAAUCACAGUGAGAAGCGCCUGUAGCGGCUGUCAAUGAGACAGCCAUUGGAGGCUGGAUUAACCCUAAUAUAGACAUAGCAGUUUCUCUGAAACUGCUAUGUUUACAGCAGGCAGGGUUAAUCCUAGAUAGACUUGGCACCCAGACCACUUCAUUGAGCUGAAGUGGUCUGGGUGCCUAUAGUGGUCCUUUUAAGCUGUAGUUGUUAUUAUGACUACAGCGUCCCCUUAAUGCUGUAACUGCAAGAAAGGUGACUGUUGCCUUUUAUCAUUAGCAGUGUAAAUAUACAAUAUUAUGCAGGGAUUUGCUCCUUUUAGUCUUUGCACCUAUUUGACAGUGAUAUAUUUAUUACAUUAUGUGCCCAAGCAGAUGCUAUUUUUAUUUUAUUUUUUUUCCUGCUUGUUGAGCAAUAUAAUCUUAGGCCAUUGUCUGCAUGGUGCAAAGAAUAGUCACAUGUUAUAAAGGUUCACUAUACAAAACUGUCCCAAACCCAUAUUUUACCACAGUUUAACCUUAUUCAGGGAUGCUGACUUACCAAUACUAGAUGAAAUCUGAAUGACUUACAGAUGCAAAUAAAAGAAUGUAGACUUUGUAGAUUAGGACAAAACUAGUAUGCACAGGGAAAUAGGGCAGGCAAAUUAUUAGCAGCCAAACUUAAAACAAAACUUGUACAGACCAAAAUGCUGUUUCUUCUAUCCGAGGAGGGUAAUAAACUUACUAACACAAAGGACAUUGUAAAUUGGCUCGCUUAAUUUUAUACGUCCCUUUACAAUUUUUUUAAAAACCAAUCCAAAACAUUGCCAACAAUCUUAGGAGGAAAUAGAGGCGUACCUGGACAGGGUUUCUUUACCUACAUUGCCCAAUGAUGAAGCAGCAUUACUGGUGUCCUAUUUUAUUGAUGAAGAGUUUCUCAAGGCAGUGCAGUUAGCACCGGUGCCUUACCACCUCAAAUUGCUUCUGUAUUGGUUACACAGUUCACAGUCCAAUCGUAGAACAACUUUUUAUAGCCACACUCCUUCCACCAACUGUUAUGGAUCCAUCAUAGAAGUCUCCCCUAGAUUACUGAAUGCACGCCUCAAGCAAAAUUCACAUUACUUAUUUGGGAAAUACACUUAACAAAGGUGGCAGAACACACACUAGUUUUUAACCUUCAAAGCUGAGUGUCCAUAGACAUCACCCGGGUCAACCAAAUCUUAAAUAAAGACCGGGUUAAACCAUUUAGAGAACGAUCUAUCUGAAAUGUAAACUUAAGCUUUUUGGGAUAAAGCACAUACUGACCUCAGCGACAAAUGGCGGGUACAACCCAGCUAAGCUAACUGUGUGGAGUAACUUUGUGCAGAAUUUAAAAUACCAGAGAAGCCUUUGCCACUGUGAAUAGUGCUAUUCAAAAUUACACUGGAAAAACUCCAACUCUUGUAAAUGGUUAAUUGGGAAACAGAGCUCAAUUAAAGCUUUUGAUAGGGAAGACUGGAGGACAUCAUUUGUCAAAAUGAUGAAGGCUUAUAUUUUCUUAAACCACUGUGAAGUACAUUAUAAGCUAUCUAUGCGCUGAUCCCUGACUCUGCAUAGAUUGGCACAUGCAUUGCACAAUUUGCUCCAGUUGUCAAGCGGAGAUAGGUGCGGUUUUCACACUGCUUUUGAUCCUUACAAUUCCAGAUGGAUGAUCAGUUGAUGAUCAAAACAUACACUGCAAUUAUGCUACCGUUCCGACAAAUCUUCCUCCCAAAAUAUGUUUCCACUUAAACCCAUAUUGGGGACGACUAGAUCAUGUGGAAAAAUUAAGGAGGUGACGAGACCCACUGCUGUGGGACCCAGAAAUGUGUUAUACUAGGGGGGUGAUGGAAGGAUGAGGAGACCUGUGAUGUGAUGUUAUGAUUUGUUUUACUGUGUAUGUUUCUCAUGUUUAUUGUAACCUAUGUAUAGCAUACUAUUUCUCAGCUUCAGUCUUGCAACAUCACUUUUGGGAGCUGCCUGAAUUAAAAUGGCUGCUUACUGUAACUUCCUCUAAUGCUCAGCAUUAAAGGCCCUCCAUUGUGCGUUUUCCAGUCAAACUGCAUUACACAAACUAAUGCACAGACCCACUGCUCAGGGUUUGAAAAUGUGAUCUGCCUGUUGAAAUAACUGGCACACAAUGAAACGUAACAAUUAAAAAUGGGUCAACUCCAGCCUGGAUUAUCCUUUUUAAGGAAAUUCACUCUGCAUAUUUCUUGCACAAGUUUCUCUGCAGAUUGCAAGACUUGUGAGUUCAAUUAGGUGUGCCUGAAGGAAAAAGACAUUCAGAUAUUUGUGUUUAUCUCCUUUUUUGUUUUUUUGCUCAAUAUGCUAUAAAUUGUUGAAUUCCUAUGUAUUUAAUUGCAAAUUAUUUUUUUGUUUGUUCUGGAUAUUUUGUUAAUUGAAGAAUUUAAAAAGCAAUUCAUGUGAUACUUGCUGACCCCUAAGGCAAUCUUUCUAACUUUUUUUUUUUUUUUUUUAAUCUGUUUUGUACUGUCAUGAAUAUGCAUACUGGAGAUAUUGAUUAUUUUCAUCUGAUAGAAAAUGUAUAAGAAUACAAGAUAUUAAUAUUCUCUAUUUAAAAAAAAAUAAAUAAAAAGAGCUGGUGACCUGGGUGUCUAUAGUGUCCCUUUAAAAACUGACAGUCCAACUGAAACCAUGAAACACAGAUUAACUCACGAACUGGAGCAAUCUGGAACAUGGCCCACAGAUCAACCAAUGAAUGGCUUUUUUUUUCUUAAAUAAAAUUACCUAGUACCCCUGAGCUAGUUAUGGUAUAUAAAAAUAUACAUCUGUGCAUUUAAUACAUACAAAUUCUGUCCUCACAUAGUUUUGAGAACAUAAGGAGUAAAAAGGUCAGCUACAUAUUUUGAAACAAAUCACGAGUUUUUAUAUUUGUCUUGGGAUCCACAUCCACCCCUUAGGCUGAACAUAAGUGUGGCGGACUGCCUGGCACCCCGACUGGGUACCUCCGCCAAUCGAUGCUUCCUAGUGCUCACAGUGUAAUCCAAGCACUCUACCAGACACCAUAACCACCGUAAACCCCACAGCCAGCGUUACAACUUGUUUGGAGUCUCGCUGUCCUCCACCCACCCUGAACCCAAUACCAGGAUCCAGCUUCCAGUGGGUAGGCCUCUCCCAAUCCAGAGAGUAAAGCAAGAUAGCUCUUACAAAAGCUAGUGAUUAUAAUAAUAUAAUAUAAUCCGGGAGUAUGAGUAUAGCAAUCCCUAUAGUGAAUAUAGCUGUUCCCUCCACACAUGAGACAAGGCUCUAUGUUGAGGGUGAAGAGGAACUGGUUUAAUGGGAGCCACAUGCAGCCUUAUAUGCUAUUCCCCAUGCAAGGGGUUUCCGGAUACAUAUUACAGGGGCAUUUCCCCCUCCAGGACACUCCCACACAAUACAGGGUAAUCCCUCCCCUGUGCCUGAGAGAUAAUCGUUUCAGGAACUGUACUAAACUCCAUUAUCUCCAGGUACAAAAAACAUACAUUUUAACAACAUCCAGAAAGUACCACAAAACACAUGGAAACCCCACAAGUCACAUCCCCUCAGAGCCCCGAUCGAGGGGGACCAACAUAUCCAAAAAUCACCCAGAUCGGUUCAGGGUUUCCAUGGAAGUCAUAAUUUUGACCGACUGUGAACAUGGUCCUAUGACCAAAACAGAUCCAGGGAAUCAAGGCUAACGGUCAGUCUCGCUUUCUGGAGUACAAAAGUUAACAAACCACCGGAACAGAGCCUUUUAAAGUGCAUUGGGCAAGGUAUAUUACAGGGCCUAUAGUCCUGAGGCAGGAGGCAAGCAAGCAGGCUCCUCCAGGAGCCCGUGGCGAGGUUCUGUUCACCACAAAAAGCAGCUAGCUUGGUUCAUGAGAAUUUUGUACAGACUGGCACACAUCCAGGCUCACUGACCUGACUCUCCCGACUUAUCAAGUUCAUUACUGAACACAUGAUGCCAGGAUGUAUCUAGCCAGUUGGAAAACCUUCUUGCAAAAGCAAUGAAGCAUAUCACCACUUGUUUCCUUUAAAAUGGUUUCAAAUGCUGUUUUUGUUUAUUUGUGGCAAAUAUUUAUUUUUAUAUGUAAUAAAAUAUAUAUUGUCCUGGAAUCAAAGGGUUGCAAUUUAUAAAACUAUGCGUAAAUGAAGUUGUGUAAAUAUUAUGUAAGUGUUGCCACAUGCACAAUACAUAGACACUGUAUGUGACUUGGUGAAAGCUUUUUAUCACUUAUGUAAAGGGACAAUAGUAACAUAAUUGCAUUAAAAAUAAGCCAGUAGUCUCGACUGCCUGUCUGCACUGAAAGGGUAUCGCUGGUCUGGAACUGGGUGUUAUUUGUUAACUGGGUGUUAUUUACAGACUUAGAGCAGACUUGGAAAAUGAAAUGUUAACGGCAAGUGUACAGGUCACAGCUAGUGGCAAGCAAAGAGUUAUAUUCAGCCACAGGGUUUGUGGCAGGAAAGGGUUAGACUGAUUAGCUGUUCUCAUGUCUACAACUUGGUGGAAACACAACAGAUGGCAGUAGAUCAGAGACGAAAAAAGAGCUUGCUUUAGCCACACAGUCUGUAGGGUUAAAAAUAAAUAAAUCAAAACAAAAAAAUAAGAUUUAAGGGUUUGUGACAAUCUGCUGAACUGAUGUGUUUAACGAAGAAUGAUUGAGUGAGACUCUUGUAGUGCAACUGUCUUGAGCUUCACCAAGCAUUCUGUUCUAUUCAAUUAGCAGAUCUGUAUACAUCACGUAUUUGUAAUCAGAUGUUUGCAUAGUCUGAUGUGUCCAUCUUGGCUCAUGCAUUUGUAUUUAUUCAUUUAUUCUUAGUUCUUCGUAUUCAUUUACACAACUAUGAGAUUGUAAUAUUGCUCAAGAUAGCAUGUUUAAUAGUUGUAUCUAUCGCCAUAUGGCACAGAGUAUGUAAGAUGCAUGAUGGGGAGUGCAAGAGAGUUCUGAGAACUGACAACAGCUUAAAUAGCCUGCCUUCGCUGUGUCCCCGCUCAGAGCUCAAGCUCUUUUUUUUUUUUGUGCCAUUACAAAAAGAACCAGGCCUUGUGCAUAUACUCGCUUCCCUCCUCCGUUAGAUGCUCACCCAGUCUCCACUCCUUCAAAAAAUCGUUAAAAACCCACUUCUUCAUAAAAGCAUUUCAAUUAAACUGUUAAUAGCUCCCGACUGAUUCCUCUCUUGUAACUGUUAUGAGUCUAAUACUUCCCUUACCUUUUGUGUCACUAUACCCCACUCCCUCUAGCAUGUAAGCUCGUUGGGCAGGGCCCUCAACCCCUCUGUUCCUGUGUGUCGAACUUGCCUGGUUACUACUACAUGUCUGUUCAUCCACCCAUUGUAAAGCGCUGCGGAAUUUGACGGCGCUCUAUAAAUAUCAUAAUAAUAAUAAUAAUAAUAUCAGACUAAUCACACUGAAAAGGGCAGAGCAGAUCCAUAAUGCAGGCCGGCUCUCUCUGCACAAGCGAUACAGCCCCCCAGAUGAUUGUUUCAAUCUUGUUGGGCAUUGUCCGUGAGGUUUAGCCGAGAGCAAAAACAAAGUGCAAGAGAAUAUGGAGAACGGACAAAAGCUCACAUAGCCUGCACUUCGGUGGGUCCCUGCUCAGAUCUCAAGCUGGUUUUAGCUCAUCUUAUGCCAUUACAAAAAUCUAAAUGUAUUCAUAGUUGAGAAACAAACCGGCAUAGCCAUUAAAGUGAGAAUUCAAAGUAAAUUUCAAAUGUUAGGCCAAGGUAACUGAUCUGGAAGCACAGUUAAUGAAUUCAGCUAGUUUGGACUUAAAUUUGAAAUCCACUUUGAAUUUAUAAGUCUUUUUGAUACAAAAAAAAGGCAUUGGGUAACAUUCUCUUACGGUUUUAGCUUAAAUAUUGAGAAAUAAUUUGGUUGAACGCCAACAGGGAAGGUUAUAGAUUUCAGAACUCCAGCACUGACAGAGCGUGAAUAUAAGAAAUACCUAGAGAAUGCUUAUCCAAAACAAUGUGAUAUGCAGGAGUCAAGGAGUGCCUGAUAUUGGGUGAAAAAUGCAAAAUUGAAUUCCAUGUUAGAGGAACGUGUUUAGAGCAAGGAUGGAUCCCACUGAUAAGAGGGGGAGACUAUGCAUGGGACACAGGUUUUAUUCAAUAUCUUUUAAGAGAUGAUCACUUUGCUUAUAUGAGUCAAGUGAAGACUAUGUGUUAUUCCUGUAUCCCUUUCAAUCUAGUUAUUAAUGACCCCAAUCAUCUUUUACAUUUAAUAUUAUAUAUAUUUUGAUUAUGAAUAGCAAAUUGCUUACAUACUUUUUUUAUUUUAUUUAUUUUUUUAUAUUUUUACCUAAAACAUACAUAUGGCUUCUGUUAUAAUGUAAGAUUCAAAUAUUUUUAGUAAUCAAUUAUAUGGUUUAAUGUUUCAGUUGCUCAAUAUAAUUACAAAAACAUUUAGAAUUUCUCUGAAAACAGUAAAUGUAUGUUGUCCCUCCAUAUGCUUUAUUUGUUUUGUUUACUACAGCUUAAUGUAGUUGUUCUGGUGAGUAUAAUAGCUCCCUUCAGGCAUUUUCGUGUAAACUCUGCCUUUUCAAAGAAAACUUUUGGUCGCCUAACCACCCUGAAGUCCCUCUAGUGGCUGUCUGGUAGACCGUCACUAGAGGUGCAGUUAACCCCUCAAAGUAAUUAUUGCUGUUUCUGAGAAACACUUGCAGGGUUAAAGAUAUUGGGACACUGCACCCACACCACUUCAAUGAGCUGAAGUGGUCUGGGCUCCUAUAGUGCACACGCUCUGACACACAUUCACUGGCAGAUGCACACUGACAGUCUCACACACACACACACACACAAUGGCAGGCAGACGUCAUUGACACACAUUGACAGAUACACACUUAUAGUCACACACAUACAUUCAAUGACAAACACAGACUCCCUGAUUUGACAUAGACAUACACUGAUAGUCACAUAAUCAGAGACUCUCACUAAUUUGACACACAAUCAGACACACCCCAUAUACUCCCAGACAUGCUCGCACACGCACACACACAGACAUACAGACACACACAUUCACAACUUAAUCUAGAAAACACGUAUGGUUAAUAAGAACACUUGUAAAGUUUGCUUUGAAUGCACUGAUGUGGUAUACAGCACAGUUGCUAAAGCUUCAGAAACCAUUUUUUUAACCUUGCUGCUUUCUUGCUUAGAGCUGAGAGAGUUCUGGUUGUUUUAUUUCUAUGUAAGGAAGAAAUGUGGAUCAAACUUUAUGAUGUAUUGACUUUGUAUUUUUCCUUCAUAUGCUUAUUUCCCAGUAGCUCAGUGUGUGUAUGUAUGUGUAUGUUUACAUAAUUACAUAUAUAUUGCAUGUGCAUGUGUGUAUAAUUGAAAUUUUUUUUAUUUUUUUAUUUUUUUUAUUUUUUAUUUUUUUAAUAUAUGUAUUUUACAGGGCAUAAAGGAAGUAAAAAGCCUGUUGGAUUAUGACAAGGUAAAAUGUAUUUAUAUAUCAGCAGCAUCCUAAGUAUACCUAGACAUGUUGGGAGGCAUACGUUAAUAUAGAACAAAAAAACUUAAAUAUUUGGCAGUAGUAGUAAUUUAUUAAUUAACAGUGAUUUGUUAGCAUUUUUUGAUUGUCAAGUUAGAACUAUUUUAGCUUGUUGACUCAGAUCAUUGUAAAAUGUUCUUUUAAAGGAACACUCCAAGUGCCAACACUAGUACAGGAGACUGUAUUGGUAGUGUUAGGAGUACCUUGGAGCUGUCCCAUAGUAAAAUGUCAAACCAUUUUUAGAUUGGUUUUGCAACAUACUUGUCCUACCAAGCACCCACAUCUGCAUCCCCUGCAUUUCGUCUUCAGGAGAAUCUGAAUUGCUCCAUGGAGUAAAGUGGGGCGACACAGGACUGUGCUCUUUGGCUAAUAGUAUCAGCUGAGCUCCCUUAGCCAGUGAAUACGCUCCUGUCAUAUGUGGGCACCAGGCUACUCAUUGCACCAUAACAACUACAACAGGCUUGGAGUGUUCUUUAACAUACCAUUUAAAGUGAUUUUCUAUCGUUCACAUUAUAAUUAUUAUUAAGGAGCCAAAAAAAGAUAAUUCCAAUUUAGAAAAUAAAUUGUAAAGUAUGAAUCUCUGAAUUAUAACAUUAAUGAGUAUCCAAAGCAGAAAAGUUUUCCUGCGCUAAUUAUUUAAACCCAAUUACUUGUUCAGAUGUAUUCCUAAAGUCAAUGAUCUAUCUGCCUCAUUAUGAAACUGGUAGUAAUAAUUAUAAUUGUGUACCUAUAACACAUUGACAUUUAAUUUUAAUAUUUAACGAUUUAUUCAUCUGAAAUGGGCAUUUACUAACACAACACAAACAGCUUAUUUUUUUUACAUGUCAUUGUCCAUCCUUUCUUUCCUUAUCUUUUGUGUCUUUAUCUAUUUGCUUUUUAUUCCUACAUUCUACUAUUACUGUCUUUCUCUAAUUUUUUAGGAACUGCUAAAAAAAAAUUGAUGCUUUUUAUAUUUUGUAAAUAUUUAAUUACAUUUUUAUCAACUCUAAUUCUCCAUUAAUACAUUUGUGUACUCUAUUGCUAUGAAGGGAAGUAGAUAGCCCAUACAUUUUGUUUUUCUCAUGUUUUCUUAAUAUUUUACAAUAUUUUUAAGAAGGACGUGAUUAGGUAUUCUAAUGUAUGUUAAAAUUUCUAUAGAAUGAAAAUAUAUACUUAAAAUUUUUAUUUAUUUAUUUUUUUAGACUUUAUAGAUCUUGAGUAUCAAACCUAUGGACUAAUUAUUAUAGCCCGAUAAGCUAUAUUGUCUGGUUCAGAAAAGUACCUUCACCUGCAAAAAUGGGAAAUCAUCUACCUUCCGGUGCAGCCAUGGUUCGCUUCUGUCACAAACUAAAUAGAGUUAAGACGCUGGAAGAUGACUUAAUGGAAACAUCGCUGAAAAGAUGCCUGUCCACGGUUGACCUUACCCUCUUAGGUGUGGGUGGUAUGGUUGGGUCUGGCCUGUAUGUACUAACAGGUACAGUUGCUAAAGAGAUAGCAGGUCCAGCUGUCAUCCUAUCAUACCUUAUCGCUGGCUUUGCCUCCUUGCUAGCUGCUUUUUGUUAUGCCGAGUUUGGUGCAAGAGUGCCAAAGACUGGAUCUGCCUAUAUGUUUACUUAUGUUUCUGUUGGUGAGAUUUGGGCCUUUCUGAUCGGAUGGAAUGUAAUACUGGAAUAUAUGAUUGGUGGAGCGGCAGUGGCAAGAGCAUGGAGUGGCUAUCUGGACUCCAUGUUUGAUCACAAAAUAAAAAACUAUACUGAAACCCACAUUGGUUCUUGGAAUGUCCCAUUCCUAGCGCAUUAUCCUGAUUUCCUAGCUGCAGGAAUCUUGCUGAUUGCCACUGCAUUAAUUUCUUUUGGAGCCAAAGUGUCCUCAUGGCUUAACCACAUUUUUGCUGGUAUCAGUAUGGCAAUCAUUCUAUUCAUUCUAAUCUUUGGCUUCAUCCUUGCAGAACCAAAAAACUGGGGUAAUGAAUAUGGUGGUUUUGUUCCUUAUGGAUUCUCUGGUGUCAUGUCUGGCACUGCCACAUGCUUUUAUGCCUUUGUUGGCUUUGAUGUCAUAGCAGCAUCCACAGAGGAAGCCAGGAACCCUCAAAAAGCUGUUCCAAUUGCAACAGCUGUCUCUCUGGGUCUUGCAACAGCAAUCUAUGUUUUGGUGUCCGCAGUAUUAACAUUAAUGGUACCUUGGAACUCCCUUGUGCCAGAUUCUGCUCUUUCUGAUGCAUUUUACAGACGUGGCUAUUCAUGGGCAGGAUUUAUUGUUGCUGCUGGUUCCAUCUGUGGUAAGUUUAAGCAUGUAAUUACUACGUGGAAAAUGUAUCUCUUGGUUGGAACAUUUGAUGAUGUGUUUGACUAUAUUGCUUAUAAGACACAUUAGGCAAUAUGGUUCAGCUGGGGGAGAAAUGACUUGAUGGAUUUGUGAUUCGUCCAUGCAAUAGUUUCACAAAAUCUAUUCACAUUAAUCAAAAGGGCCAAUAAGUGUACUUUAAAAUAUAUAUACAUACAAAUAUUAUGUAUAUACUUUAUAGAACACUGAUAGGCACAUUUUCAUGACAUUUGGUUCACAGAUUAAAGGGACACUAUAUAGUAACAACUACAGCUUAUUGAAUUUGUGAGUAAAAUCAUUACCUUCAGGCUUUUUGCUGUAAACACUGUCUUUUCAGAGAAAAUGCAGUGUUUACAUUACAGCCUGGUGAUAACUUCACUGGCCACUCCUCAGAUGGCUGUUAGAGAUCCUUCCUGGGUCAUGGCUGCCUAAAAUGCAUCCAAACAUUCAGUGUCUCCUCCCUCUGCAUGCAGACACUGAACUUUCCUCAGAGAUGCCUUGAUUCAAUUCAUCUCUAUGAAGAGAUGUUGAUUGGCCAGGGCUGUGUUUGAAUUGUGCUGGCUCUGCCCCUGAUCUGCCUCCUUGUCAGUCUCAGCCAGUCCUAUGGGGAAGCAUUGUGAUUGGAUCAGGCUACCACUUCUGCUGAUGGCAGUGGGCAGGUCUAAAGGAAACAAGGAUAAAGUCAGCAGCUUCAGGCUUGAAUACAAGUAAGAUUGUAUUAUAUUUAGGGAGGCAUGAGGGGACCAGGGUGGCUAGAUGGUCAUUUUAACCCUAUAGGUUCAGGAAUACAUGUUUGUGUUCCUGACCCUAUAGUGCUCCUUAAGUAAGAAGUAACACAUACUAGUACACAUUUUCAGCAAUUUCCACUUUAGUAAAUAACUGUGUGUUACUAGAGUGACCUCCCAAUGCAUCACAUGUUUGUUUUUUUUAUGUUUACUAUGAGUUUGAGUAGUACAAUAUGUAGGCGUCCCCUUUUUUUUUGGUCUGAAGCAAUUUAACUCAUACACUCAUAUGUGGGUGACAGACAGGUCCAGGCAAAUAUCGGUGGGCCAAAAUUGCCAUGAGCUGAGUUUAACAGGGGAGAUCAAAGGAUCUCCGCUGCUGACCAAUUCAGGGCAGGUGCUAUCCAAGUGUUGGUCUUGUUUUGUGCUUUUACAGGCUGGUGGGGAGAUCGAAGAUCGGUUAACUUUUCUGACUGGUACAGUCAAACUAUUAGUCCUGCAAGCUCUGACAGUUCAGCGCAUUGCUGCGGGUUUCCAAGGCAGUAGCCAAUGCAUCACAAUGCAAUCGCUCGCAAGAAGAGUGAACGCAACCUGCAACGUAAAUGCUAUAUUAACAUUAAUAAAUAACUAUAUAAAUUAAUUUGCUUUCAUCUCACCCUCACACCACACAAAUAGUCCCUAUCACACCCAACACAUUGACACAUUGCACCCCUACACACACACUAGAUCCAGUAUAGACACAUACUGCACCACCUACACACACCGUACUGUCCUGACAUGCACUAGAUAUCCCAUACAUACUAGAUACACACAUCUACUGUACAUACUCUGAAUUCCCUAGGCACACUAGAUACAUUAUUGACACAUAUUGCACCACCUACACUCACAAUAAAUUCAGAGGUGUAACUAGAAACCACUGGGCCCCGCUUCAAAAACUGCCCUGGGGCCCCACAUACAGCUACCUCCUACCCCACAUGUCCCUGCCCAUCCCCCACAUGCAGACAAACAGAUAUACAUACAGAAACACACACACACACACAGACCCAUACAUACAGACACAUGUAGAAACAUAUACACACACUCAGACAUACAGACACAAACACGCACACUAAGAGAGACGCACAGACACACGCAGUGGUGUAUCCUGUUUUUGUGCUGCCCUCGGCAUGACAAAACUCAGGCGCCCCUUCCCCUGCCACCCACUCUUCUAAAUACACACACACACACACACACACACACACACACACUCUCACUCCAGCUUCCUCGCACAUCGCAGAGUGAUGCCGGGAGCUGGAAUAUGACAUCAUAUUCCGGCUCCCGACAUCACUCUAUGGCGCAUGAGGGAGCUGAGCAGAGACAGCUCACUAAUCCGUGCUCCCUCGCCAGCGCUGCCUGCCCGCCCGGAUUGUCUGUAAGCCACCAGGCUAACAAGACAUUUGCCUGGGCAUUUGGGGACAGCUUUUUUUUGCUGCCCCCUGGAAAGUGCAGCCCAAGGCAAAUGCCUUGUUUGCCUCGUGGGUAAUACGUCCCUGGACACAUGCACACUUACAGACACAGACAAAUAUUUAAUAUUAAAUGUCCACCCAGCCUCCCUACCUGGAGAGCUGGCGUGGAUCUGUCCUUUUGGGUCCAGUGGGGCUUCAGUGCGGUGGGCAGCAGAGUUCUUGUCAGAUGCGGCGAGAGAGCUAUGUUCUCUCUGCUCUGCUCCCUUGCGGGCUGUCUACUGAUGCCGGGAGCCAGAAUAUGAUGUCAUAUUCCAGCUCCCCGCAUCAGCAAACUGCGCGCGAGGGAGCAGAGCAGAGAAAACACAGCUCCCUCGCUGUGUCUGACAGGAACUCUGCCGCCCGACGGGGGGGUCCAUUAGGUGGCCAGUGGGCCACCUCUUGGGCGCCCUGAUGACAGUGAGAACACGGGGGGCAGUAUCUAGGCGGCCCACGAUCGCAGCAGUCGCAGCUGAAACCCCUUGCGGCACUGGUAGGUAAGCCACUGAGUACAUUCCUGACAAGCAGUAGAUCCCCCUACACACACUACAUCUCCUAGGUACACACUUGGUCCCCUAUAUGCAAACACUCACUACAUUCCCUUAACACACUCUCUACUGCCCUCUAAUCUAUGUGCACAGUUGCUACAUGACACGUAUACUCUCAGUCUCUACAGCCCCUAUAAAUUGCAGCCCCAGGCCUCAUAUUACACCACAAGCACAACACCACUUAAAUCAACACAUUUACACAAAACAUUACACUACAAGCAGCCACCAAACACAUGCACAAUACUCUUUCCUGGACCUUUUGUCCUUUGGUAUCCCACUUAUGCAAGUGUGUCAUUAAAUUUGCUUGAUCUGUGAAGUACAAACACAGGGACUUUUACACAUGAGUGCUCUUAAGUAGGACUCCAUGCAGGGCAUUGAACUAACAUGCUCACUUUAAAGGUGGGGUUCUUGUCAUUGCUGAUGACACAACACACACAGUUUCUGUUCCAACCCUUCCCAAUUUUUUUUUUCUUCACAUUUUGGCACUGGUGACAGGCAUACCUCCCAACUGUCCCAGCAGGAACACAUUGAAUUUAGGAUCCUUGUCUCAUUUUACUGGAUUUGUUCAAUGAUGUCCACCAAAUGGGGACACCAUGAAAAUGUUCCAAAAUAGAAUCUCUAGCUGUGCAGAGUAUUUGUCACGGCACUAAGCCCAUUGCAGAGCGCUUCAAGAACAGUCUGCAUAUGUAUAUCCCUGAAUGGAGGCAGCCAGAGUGGCUCUUAGCCAGCCUCUAGGUUAACAAUCCCCCAUUUAUGGUGGGUCACUUCUUUAUAGACUGGUCCUGUUGACCUGCUUAAAUGGCAUCCUGGAUCCAUGCUUUACAUUGCUGGCGUUAGUAUGUUUUAUGAUGCCACAGCAUUUUCAUUAGAUAAGAUGUUUUAAUAACUGAUUGUGAAUAUAGGUAAUUUACAUUGCUAUUUUGUACAUGUCUUUUACCAGCACUAAUUGUUCUCACACUUUCUUUUCUAGCAAUGAAUACUGUUCUUCUGAGUAAUCUUUUCUCCCUCCCAAGGAUUGCCUAUGCAAUGGCAGAAGAUGGCUUAUUUUUUCAGUUUUUCGCCAAAGUAAACCCAACCACCAAAGUACCAAUCAUUGGCAUUGUAGUUUUUGGAAUUUUGAUGGCAUUUUUAUCCCUUAUCUUUGAUCUGGAAGCUCUAGUGCAGUUUCUGUCUAUUGGCACACUUCUGGCCUACACUUUUGUUGCAGCAAGUAUUAUUGUGUUGAGAUUCCAGCAAGACAAAACAGAACAGUCCCACCCAGAAGACCAAGAACCAAAACCCCAACCAUUAGACAUUAGAGCUGCUGGUGAAAGGAUUGUUGGAGAGGAAAUGAAGGAAUAUGAGUCCUUUUCAGAUAAACUCCAGCUGGUAGAGACUCAGAAAAAAGCUAAGGAAAGAAGAGAAACUGGACACCUAAAAGCAGUCUUUGAGCCAUACUUGAAGUUUUUGAGUGACUUUUAUCCUGGGGAGGUAGUCACCAUAGCAGUGGUGUUGAUGAUGGUAUUCUCCAUAUGUUUGUGUUCCAUUCUAGUAUUUGGAACCACUCAUUUACAUCUCCCCACGUGGUGUUUUUAUUUACUACUUGUUAUAUUUUUGAUUGGGUUUUUAGUCAGUCUGUUUUUUAUUUGGGUCCAUGAACAACAGAAGAAAAUUGCAACAUUUGAGGUAAAUCACAAUACAUGAAACAGAUUUUGUGCAAUGACAAGUACUAUCUAUGUAAAUUGAGGUUAAUUUCUGCUAUAGAAAUGCAUUUAAAUGAAACAUGCACUUUACUUAUAUGAAUUAAUAAUUGUAUUUUUGACAUAAUAUGACUGGCCUUUUCUUGCAGCUUUAUACGGUUUAAUACAAAAAUAUGGUUCAGCAUUAAUCAAUAGAAAAAGGCAGCAACCCUAAAGGGGCAAUCCCUCUAAACCCUUUAGAGAAUAUACAAAAAUAAUAAGAUAAAGGGCUGUGCGAAUAGACAAUAAAAAAUAGAUAUUUGGAACAAGCAAGAAAUAAGUCCAUGUGAUCGUCCUCACAAAUAAUAGUCUCUUGAUCGUAGACAUUUUAGUCCUUAGUACAGCAGGACUUUUCUUUGGGUAGGGCAGCUGUCUUUAUUUUCUUGAUGUGUGUGUGUGUGUGUGUGUAUAUAGGAAGACAAAAGCUGAAAGGGCGGAAAUAGUGUAAUACAUCAAAUCUAGUUAUAUAAUUAAAAAAAUUACAGUAUCACACUCACAUUUUAUAGAGUCUUAGCCAGCUCUAGCGUGUGGUGGUAUAAUCCACACUUAUAAGAUGUAUUGGAGGUGUCCGUUUGGUUCACCAUGACAGGAACCCAGGGAAAAAUAGAUAAGGCGACAGAUGGGGUUCUCAAGUGAUGUAUAUGAUAAAAAAUAGUUAAAAUAUACAGUGGAACCUCUGAAUUCGAACUCAAUCCGUUCCAGAAGGCUGUUUGAGAACCGAGUUGUUCGAAAACCGAAUCAAAAUUUCCCAUAAGAAUUAAUGUAAAUUAGAUUAAUCCAUUCCAGACCCCCAAUAGUACAGCAUUUUAACACACAUUUUACAGUUUAAUAAUGCCUUAAAUGCAUAAAAUCAUACAGAAAACCAAUAAACACAAUGUAAAUGAAAUGAAACUGUUACUUCAGCUCUGUUUGCCGACAGAAUGGAGCUCUGGUCACAGACAGAAUGGAGCUCUGUUAACUUUGUCUAGUGCUAGGAGACCGAUGCGUCCUACCAACGAGUUUUAUAAGUGGAACCAUAGAGGUUAAUGCUGUGUGAUUUUGUUCUAAUACCGAGAUAUUUUUUUUUUUUCUCAAAUAUAUUUUUGUUUGAAUACCGAAUUGUUUGAGUACGGGAGCGUACUUAAAAGAAGGCAAAAAAAACCUAGUCUGAAGCGCUUCCAAUUUUGCAACAAACUAGGAAAAAAAUCCUUCUUGAUCCCAAAAUAGCAGUCAGAUGUGUCCUUGGAUCAAGCAGCUAUUACCCCAUUAAUUAUAAAUGAUAUCCCUGUAUGUUAUGUUUUUGUAAGUAUUUAUCCAAUUGCAGUUUAAACAUCUGUAUGGACUCUGAUAAAACCACCUCUUCAAGCAGAGAAUUCCAUAUUCCAAACUUUUCUUUGCCUUAGAUGAAAUCUCCUUUCUUCCAGCUUAAAUGUGUGACCUUGUGUCCUAUGUAUAGCCCUGUUUAUGAAUAGAUUUCCAGAUAAUGGUUUGUACUGGCCCUUGAAUAUAUUUGAAUUUAAAUUUUUUUGAACCUUUCUUCAUAACUAAAAUGCUCCAUUCCUUUUAUUAAUUUUGUAGCUCGUCUCUGCACUUUUUCUAGUGCCAUGAUAUCUUUCUUUAGAACAGGUGCUCAAAAUUGCAAAGCAUAUUCAAGUUGUGGUCUUACUAGCAAUUUAUAAAGAGGCAAAAUUAUAUUUUCAUCCAGAGAAUGUAUGCCCCUAUUUAUACAUGACUAAACUUUACUGGCCUUAGCAACUGCAGAUUGUCAUUGCAUAUUGCUGCCUAAUUUGUUGUCUAUAACAAUUCCCAAAUCCUUCUCGUGUGAUUUUCCUUAAUUCACUACCAUUUAAGGUGUAAGUUGCUUGUGCAUUCUUGACCCCGAAAUGCAUAACUUUGCAUUUCUCUACAUUAAAUUUAAUUUGCAAUUUUAGUGCCCAGUCCCCCAAUCUAUCCAAAUCCCUCUGCAGCAAAACCAUAUCCUACUCACAUUUUAUUACUUUACAAAGUUUUGUGUCAUCUGCAAACACUGAAACAUGGCUUUCAAUGCCUUUAUCAAGAUAAUUUAUAAAUGUUAAAUAGAAGCAGUCCCAAAACAGAACCCUGAGGGACACCACUUACCACUUUUGUCCAUCCUGAAAAUUUACCAUUAAUGACCCUGAGGGACACCACUUACCACUUUUGUCCAUCCUGAAAAUUUACCAUUAAUGACAACUUGUUGUACUCUGUCCUUAAGCCAAUGUUCUACCCAAGAACAAGAAUAUUCAUCUAGACCAAUUUCUUUUAGUUUGAAGACUGACCUAUUGUGAGGAACCGUAUCAAAUGCCUUGGCAAAAUCCAAGUAGAUCACAUGCACUGCUACACCCUGAUCUAUACUUCUACAUACUUCUUUGUAGAAUGCAAUUAGGUUAGUUUGACAUGACCUAUGUUUAAUAAAACCAUGCUGAUUAUUGCUAAUAACAAAGUUCUUCCCAAUGAAUUCCUGAAUAUUAUCCCUUAUUAGCCCUUCAAAUAUUUUCCCAGUCACAGAAGUUAAGCUCACAGGUCUAUAAUUUCCAGGCAAGGAUUUCCUGGAAGUACUUCCUCCAAUCUGAUACUAUACCUGAAACACAAGAAUCUUGAAAAAUUAAAUACAGAGGUUCACUUAUUUCCCCACUUGGCUCCUUAAGUACUCGUGGGUGAAACAGUCAGGCCCCACAACGUUAUUUACAUUUUCUUUAACUGCUGUAGCACCAAUCACAAGUUAUCAGUAGUUUUUUUUUUUUUUUUCAGCAAUCAUUUGCAUAUCUCUUGCAUUGGAUUCUCAUUAAUCUAUACUGAAGAAAAUGUAAUUUAAAAUGUCUGCCUUUUCCUGGUCUUCAUUAGCUAACAGACCCAUCUCUGUUUCCAGUGUACCUACACUUUAAUUUAUUUUCAUUUUAUUUUUAAAAAAUUUUUUUUUUAGAAAUGAUGUACUUGAAAAACAUUUGGGUUUGGUUUUGCAUUCUUUGGCUAUCAAUUUCUCAUUUUCUAGCUUAGCCACUUUAAUUGCCUUUUUGCAAGCAUUUUUUUUCUGCCUUAUAUCUUAUACAGGUUGCCUCUGAUUUGUCAGAUUUUUAAAUGCUCUUUUCUUUUUAUCUCUUGUUUUACUUCUCUACUAAGCCACAUUGGUUUCACUUUGUUUCUUUUAUAUUUAUUACCCAAUGGUACAUACUGAGAAAUGUACCUUUCCAAUAUUUGUUUGAAUAGUUUCCAUUUAUCCGCAGUGUUUUUUUCACUAUAAGGAGUUAAUGCCAUUCGAUAUGUUGUAGAGCUGCCCUAAUAUUAUUGAAAUAGUUUUUUUUUUUAAAUUAUAUGUUUUAGUAUACCCCAUGUGCAUUUGCUUUUUUGAAUUUUUUUAAUUGCCAUAUUGUGAUCACCAUUUUUCAAAUGCUCCCCUACUUGAAUGUUGGUCAAAACAUUGUUUGUUAUAACAAGAUCCAGACAAGCAUCCUUUCUAGUUGGUGCUUGUACCAGUUGUGACAUGAAUUUAACACAUUAAAAAGCCUGAUUCCCCUUGAUGAAGUACUAGUCACUCUAUCCCAAUGUAUGCCCGGAUAAUUAAAAUCUCCAAUUAUUAAUGUGUUACCCCGAUUUGCAGCUUUCUCAAUUUGCUCUAACAGCUGUACUUCCUCAUUAAUAUUUACAUUAGGUGGUUUAUAACAUAUGCCAACCAAUAAUUGAUUUCCCUUUGUUUGCCCCAAGCAGACCUCUACCCAUAAAGCUUCCACAUUUUCUUCGUCACACUUCACAUGCCUAAGAUUUGACUUUAACUCAUGGUUGACAUACAAACAUACCACACCACCCUUCUUGCUUUUCUUAUGCUUCCUAAAUAAUGUGUACCCAUUUAAGUUAACUACCCAGUCAUGUGCAGUGGUGUAUCCUGGUUUUGUGCUGUCCUAGGCAGGACAAAACUCAGGCGCCACUCCCCCCUGACCCGCAUUCUAAAUACACGCGCGCACACACACAGGCAAACACACUGUCAGACACACACACACUAGCAGACAAACACACUAACAGACACACACUAGCAGACAAACUCAUACACUCACUUUUUAAAAAAAAUGUAUUUAACCCCCCCAGCCUCCUUACCUUUAGGAAUGCUGGGGGGGUUUCUCCCUCUCCCUGGGGCUGCCGGUCGGGUGACGCUGGUGAGGGAGAUGUCUUCCCCUGAGAUGUCUGCUCAGCUCCCUCGGGAGCCGGAAUAUGACGUCUAGGCGAGUAACCCGUUUGUUGGGCUCUCUCCCCCGACCCACCCCCCCCCCGUCUUUCACCACAUAGAGAUGGUGAAUGGGGCAAGAGUCCCCAAUCUAACACCUGGGCAACUUCCUAAUGUUAAGAAAAAUUGAAAACUAGUGUGAAAUGUGUGGCACUUAUUUAUUAUUUAUGUGAUUUUUUUUUUAUUUUUUUUUGGAUUUUUUUUGUACAGCAGCUGUAAUCACUCUAUGGACACUCCAAAUAACUCACCAAACAAAUAGUAUACCAAAUAUGCACUGUAUAUUAAGGUGAUACACCCCUACCUAAUCUAUAAAGUGUGAGUGCAGCGCUUAAUUGUAGAAGAAGGGACUUAACUUUUAAAAGGCUGCAGAGUUUAGAGCCUAUCUUCAAUGGAUGUUCUGUCAGCAGCUCUCAGUAAAAUGCAAUUGUUUCUCUAUCAUUUUUACUUACUUGCAUUUUACUGGAAUCUGCUGAUAGAACAUCCCAGAUUUGGUAAACUGCUUAAUGUUGCCUUAUGGUUAAUUCUGCUCUAAUGGGUGGUAAUAUGAGCUAAAUGGACCUAAAUUACCAUAAACAAAGUCCAGAUCUAAAAUAUCAAUCUCUUUCCCUAUUCAGUUAAGUUCCAGCAACAUUCAACUGUUGAUUAAUCAUCUAACCUGUCUGUUAAUUAGGGUUGGUUAAUAUUGACAUAGGCAUGUUUUUAAAAACCUAUUCUGUUAUUUUCAUUUUCCAGGUCCCAUUAGUCCCACUGAUUCCUGCUACGAGUAUACUUUUGAAUGUAUAUCUCAUGCUUAAACUGAACUACAUGACAUGGAUUCGAUUUAUGGUGUGGUUAGCUCUUGGUAAGUUGCCUCUUUUUGUGUGUGUGUGUUUUUUUUGUUUUUUUAUCCCCAUUUAAAGGGACACUAUAGUCACCAUAACAACUACAGCCUAUUGAAUUUGUUCUGUUGAGUAGAAUCAUUACCUUCAGGCUUUUUGCUGUAAACUUUGUCUUUUCAGAGAAAAUGCAGUGUUUACAUUAGAGCCAUUGAUAACUUCACUGGCCACUCCUUAGAUGGCUGUUAGAGAUCCUUCCUGGGUCAUGGCUGCCUAAAAUGCAUCCAAACAUUCAGUGUCUCCUCCCUCUGCAUGCAGACACUGAACUUUCCUCAUAGAGAUUAAUUGAUUCAGUUCAUCUCUAUGAGGAGACGCUGAUUGGCCAGGGCUGUGUUUGAAUCAUGCUGGCUCUGCCCCUGAUCUGCCUCCUUGUCAGUCUCAGCCAAUCCUAUGGGGAAGCAUUGUGAUUGAAUCAGGCUACCACUUCUGAUGAUGUCAGCAGACUGUUUGGGUUUUUUUUGUUUUGUUUUUUUUUUUAACCCCUUUAGGACACACAACGGAAAUAUUCCGUCAUGAUUCCCUUUUAUUUCAGAAGCUGUAUCCUUAAGGGGUUAAUCAAACAACAUGCAGAGUUACAGCUUCAGGCUUAAAUACAAGUAAGAUUUUGCUAUAUUUAUGGAGGCACGAGGGGCCCAAGGGGGCUAGAUGGUGUUUAUAACACUAUAGGGUCAGGAAUACAUGUUUGUGUUCCUGAUCCUAUAGUGAUCCUUUAAGACCCGGAUCAUAGCUAAUCAUGGAGUAUUUAAAGGCAUUGCACUAUUAUUUUUGUUUUCUAAAUAUAUUACUGGCAUUAACAAUAUAGUGUUUGCACUUAACUGAGAAAUUAAUAUUAGAUAUGCUAUCUUUGCAUCAAAAUACCCAAGAUGAAAAGAUUCUGCAACGCUGCUUUACCCCACCUCCCCCACCCCCCCAAAGCUGUCCAUUUUAUCCUAAGGUUAUCAAAGCAAAAAAAGUGUUUAAAUACAUACCGUAAUUUUAUUUUUUUGGCAAUACCCAUGUCUGCAUCACUCAGCUGAUUAGGACAGGAAUAUUAAAAUUAAAGGAAGCUAAAAGAGUUCCCUCCCCUAAAACAACAUCCACAUAGCUAAGUCAACAGACCAGACCAGGGAGGGAAACUAUUGAUUCUGAUAUGGAUAUUGGCCAGGAAAAGACAAUUAUGGUAAGUAUUUAAAAAAAAAAAAAUCUGUUUUCCUGGUUAAUCCAUGUGAGCAUAACCUGUGGGAUGUCCAAAGUUUAUAUGGGUGGAAAAAAAAAACGAUGACAAAGUAGUUGCCAAAAAAUUUUUAUUAAUGAGACACAUCAGCAUUUAGUAUUCCACAUUCAAAGGAGGAGGUAAGUGCCUAUGUGACCUCCAGAUGAUGGUGUCUGACAAAUGUGUUGGAUGAGGAUCAAGCUGCAGCCUUUUAAAUUUCAUCCAUAGAGGUAUCCACCGACUAUGCAGAGAUAGCCCUAGUAAAGUGAGCCUUGAUGCCCUAUGCGAUUGACAUCCCUGCGACUUUAUAAGCUCUUUUGAAUAGCAGAUUUAAUCCAAUGUUUGAUAGUAGAGACUGAAGCAGACAAACCUUUGUAGCAUCCAAAUGGAAUGAUGAAAAGUCUGUUUUUCUAGCUGCUUUAGUUCUAUUCAGAUAAAUUUUCAAUGCUCUCACAACAUCAAGAUUGUGCCAUAAAUUCUCUUCGUCAGAGAUUUGGGGAAAAGGAAUGAAGCACCAUUUCCUUGUUAAUGUGGAAUUUGGAGACAAUCUUUGUGAAGACUUCUGAAAUUGGGCAAAGCACUGUCGUAUCCCCCCAUGAAUUGGGUAAUAGGAACAUCUGAUGAUGCCUGAAUUUGAUGCUUAAAUGCAAAAGCAAUGGCAAUUAGGAAAACACAUCAGGGUCAUGUCCUAUAAAGAGGAGGAUUCCACACGUUCAAAUGGAGCUGUAGAGGAAAACCUAUUUCAGGGUCAUGUCCUAUAAAUAGAAGGAUUCCACACGUUUCAAUAGAGCACAGUAUGAAGAUCCCAGGCCUGAACAAAAAUCUUUAUAGGAGGGCAGAUUCUCAAAACUCCUCUCAUAAACUGCUUAAUAGUUGGGUCUUAAUCCCAUUGGGCGUUGUAAUUGCUGAGAAUGCUGAAAUUUGCACCUUAAGAUAACUCUGGCUUAAACCUUAGCCAUGCUUUUUUUUUAAAAUGAAUUUCAGUAAGUCUUGAAGAGCAACUGCACUUUCUAGAGGAUUUACAAGGUUGCAGUAAGAUUUCUAAAUGUUAUAAUAAACAUUGGAAAUGGUAAAUAUUCUGGAUUUAAGCAUUGUUUGUUUUGACUUUAUCUUACAAACAUUUAGCCUUUAGGAUAUCUUUUCAAUCACCAGGCCCUCAGCUGUAAUAAGUGUGUGUUGUUGUGAAGAAUCAGAUCUUGUGACAGAAGAAUCUUCCUGACUGAUAACUCAUGUGACAACAAAAGGAGUAAGGGAGGACGACCAAGGACUUUGAGGCCAGUGUGAAAGGACGACAAUCAUUUCUACUCCUCCUUUCUUCUUGAGAAUUCUUGGAAUUGGGGAAAGGGGGAAAACCUCUCCCGAAACGAAAAUUCCACCUUUGUGACACUGCAUACUGACGACGAGCUCUUAGAUCGAAUCUCUUUGGAUAGAACACUGGAAGUUGUUUGUUUGUGUAGAUUGCCAUAAAAUCUAUUUCUGACUUUCCCCAUUUGCUGCAUAUCAUCAGAAAAAUAUCCAUAUUAAAUUUAUAUUCCUCUGUAUAAUUGCGACUCAUUUUCCCCGGAAAAUGGAUUGCAGGCAGACCUCCUAUACUCUGUUGGGCCCAAACUAUGAUAGGUCUUCUUUCUUACAUCACCCUCUGACUUCUUGUUCCCCCUUGAUGGCUGUUGUAUGCCAUAGCCACCACAUUGUCUACUCGAAUGUUAUCCCAUAUUUUCUUUAGCAGAUGUUUGAAAGAAGGAAAAGCUUUGUAAAUUGCCCAGAGUUCCAGAAUGUUUGAUUGAUUGAAGGUUCUUCAUUGGCCAUAUCCCUUGAACCAGGUGAUUCUGGUACUGAGCACCACAACCUUUCACGUUGGCAUCUAUUGUAAUUUUCCACUCUGGUUUUUAUAAGGGAACCUACUUGUUAUUCUGUGAUCCUCUGUCAUUAAUGCACCCUACUUUAAGAGUGUGUGAGACAUAGUUGUGGUGGUAAAAGGGGUUAAAGUUCACUAUAUGUCUUCAUUAGACUGGAAAUGACAAAAUCCCCCUUAACAACAGCCACACUUAAACAUAAUAUAACACUUACUAUUUUAACGCUGCCACCACCAGGACAAUUUAUAAAUGGGGUGCCUUGAUCCCCCAGUUAGAUCAGUAAUAAAAACCGACUAAAUACAACUUAGCACAAUAUUUAAGGAAUUGCAAAAAUACUAAUUAGUCUCUUCAGGUAACGUGAUGCUUUACCAGACAAAGGCAGAACUUAAUAAAGGAAUAUUUAUUAUGAGCAAAAAAUAGUCACAGUGCAUACAAUAAUAUAGAUGACAAGCAAAUUAUUUACACCAACAACAGAUAAAAACAAAAGGGAUAAAAUAACAAAGUCCUAAUCACUUACUCAGCUCUUCAACUUAAAUACUUCUGCCCCAGGGGGUCUCUGGUAGGAAAGAUGGUGACUCACUUAGAAUUAGAUUCUGGCACCAAGCAAGUACACAGACAUUUCAGUAUCCUUGGGUAUAUACCCUUUGGAUUACCAUGCCUGGUCUAGAGGUGGAGUUAAGGUGUAUCUAUAGAGAUAAUGAAUGACCACCCCCUUAUGUUCCAGACCAACAUCAAUCCAAAUUCAAACAUUUUGGUUCUAUCUUCUCUUAUGUACCUGCCACAGAAAUAAUAAUUGCAUCUACGAAUGUGAUAAUAUUUUCCCAUUCUAUACAUAUGUCGUACACCUUACUUGCGACCCAGUGUGGUAGACAUCACAAUUCCUUCCCCUAUGGUUGUUAAACCAAUGAUGUUUGGACUUGUUUAGAAGAAGGGCUUGUCACAUUCCAAAUAUAACAAAAUUAGGCUUAAUUAUUAUUCUGUGGGUAAAUGUUUUUACUUUUAUUUAUGAUACUGGAACAAGGCUAAUGGCCAUUUAAUUAUCAGAGCUUGACACAUCAAUUAAGAAGUACAGACCAUAUGGCUGAGCCAGACAUUCCGGCUUUUUCAGUGUAGAAUCUCAAACCUUGUAGAGUCUUUGAGUAAUCAUCCAUUCAUAGGAUAAAGCCCUUUUCACAUUCCUAUACAAUUUACAUUACCCCUUCUGUAGUUGGGUCUUAAUCCCAUCUGACCUUGCAUACAAUCAAAUUAACCCCUUUUGACCUUGACAACAUUCCAUCUCUAUCAGGCAGGCACUACCCAAAUUACAUUAAAGGAUAAUAGUCCAUAGUGCAAUAACCCUAGGCGUGACACUCUAUCUAACAAUACAUUGUCUGCCUUACUUCUGUCAAGUAUAUAAAUCCAUGCCAGUUCUGUUCUGCUUCAUUCAAUUGACUCAAUAAGUUCUCCUAAACCAGUCUGAGGUUUCAGUGGACCUACCUGAUCAACCUAAUUGUACCGUAAAGGACAGGGUGCUGAGCAGACUCAUAUACUUGGUUGCCUACAUACUCCAAAGUACUAAUGCUGAACUGAUUUCCUCUAGUUGUCUGUUUAUCCUGCCUUCUGUUAGAGAAAUCAAGUUUGUCCUCUUAUUGAUCCUUGCUCAUAGGAAUUUUUUUUCCUGUAAAGAUUCUAGUUGGCUUUUUGUGAAAUUCACCAUGAUGCCAAAUUCCUGCAAUGUCUGAAUAACCAUAUUUCUCUGUAUUAGUUCCAUUAGGCAACAAUUUGCUAUUAAUAUAUCGUCCAGCAGAACUUGGACCAAAAUGCAUUCAUUGAAAUUGGUAAAGUUUGUUAAAGAUCAUAAAAAAAAAAACUUUUGUGUUGAUUGUAAUGUGAUAGUAUGCGUCUUGCAGGUCUACAGAGAUGAGCCAUUCUGAUGUUUUGAGUUAAGGACGGAUGGAUUGUAAGCUCUCCGUCGUGCAUGUUCUUUUCUUUAGAAAUUUGUUUAACUCCUCUAAGGGUAGUAUCAUUCUUCAGAACAAGAAAUUCUGGAGAAUAAAUACUUUGAAAUUUCUCUUUUGGUGGACCUGCACAGAUUACUUCUUAUAGAAGGUUUUUGAAUACAUUCUCUUAUAGGAGUUUCUUUUGAUCUUGAGGUCGAUGAUCUAACCAUGAUGUGCCUUGUACUUUUUAUUCUUUGAAUUCUAGAUAUUACCAGUUUCCUAGAAGCGAGAGAACCCAAUGAUCUGUGGCAUGCAAGGCCCAUAGUUUAAUGAAUCUUCCAAGGUGGGCUCCAACUGUGUUUAUCUGGGCCCUGCCCUAUCAGUAUGAACUUGAACCUUUUGAUGAUUGCCCUUGUUGUCAUUUCCAGUAGGGUGUUCUAGUGUAUUUUCUUCCUGGCUUAUAGGAUCUGGAGUCUCAAACUAAAGGUUGGCCUCUUUUGUGUCUUCCCCAUCGACCUGAAUACCUUUUUGACCCUUGUAUCUUGUGGAAGAGGUGCCGUUUUUUUUUUUCUUUCCGCUGCUUUUGAUAUGGCAUCAUCUAAUGGUUUCUAAAAAUUUCCCUUGCAAUAAAAGUAAACACAAAUUUGUUUUAGAUGAGUUAUCUUCCUAUGUUCUGAGCCAUGAUGCUUUUAUUGCUGCCACCACAUGUCCCAUUACUUUAUCAAUACGUUUGAUAAUAUCUACAGAUACUUCUGACAGAAAAUCAGUAGCUAAUUUCAAAUGCUAGGAAGUCUCUAAUAGUGUCUCUCUAUUUGUACCAUUAGCAAUGUCUUCACUUAAAACUUUAGAUAGUUUGGUUAAAGCAAUAGAGGGAUGAAUGGCAGCUCUUAGAAAAGUGUAUGUUUGUUUUUAUUACAUUUGUAUCCACGUUAGUUUUUCUACUGGAAGCCACACUGUCAAUGGGCAAAACUAUUUUCGUUGUCACUCUAAUAAUGGCAGCAUCCACUUUCGGUGCUGUAUUCAAAUUUUUUUUGUGUUAGCAGCCAAAAUGGGAUAUUGAAUUAAUAGUGUGUAAAUAAGUGCUUUUCUGGUUUCUGCCAUUCUGUUUCCACUAGUUCUUUAAUGGCUGAAUAUAUAGGAAAUGUUGCUUUUCUCUUUUUUGCGGGUCUGCAAAAUAGAUGUCUGACCUGUUACACCCACCUUUUAUCCUUUGGAAUUCUUAACGUGUCUUUAAUGAGUAUGAUAAUUGAAUCUACUGAAUUCCAAUCCAGACUGUAGGGCUAUUCCAUAGAUUCUACUUCUUCAGAAGACAAUUAUUCUUACUAGGCAUUAAUAUUAGAAUUGGAGCUGAAGAGGUCUUCUCUUGCUCUUGUGCUUAGUUUUGAGGAACAACUUUAGUCGACUCCUUAAUACCUGCAGCCACAGCCUUGGAAGUUAUGUCUGCCAAAUUAGCAUCAGCAGAGGUAGAUGUGCGUUAUAAGAGAUUAUAUAGAAGCAGUCUCUACAAAAGUCUUCCCUUCUAUUGCCAGAGAAGCACAGGCAUGACUUCUUUUCUUUCUCCAUUGUGUGCGAUGAUAAUUUCCUUACAGACUGUAGGGAAAUGUAUAUGGCCACUUUUAAAACAGUAUAGACAAUGGCAAUUAAUAUUAAUAUAGAGUCACAAAAGCUCACCUUUUACUGCUAAUUUUUUUUUCUUGAGGAAGAGGAAGCCACAAUGUAAGGUUGAUAUUUUUAAUACAAAAUAUUUAUCAAGCAUUAUAUAGUUAAAUAAAAUUAUAUUAUAAGUCAAAGGAAACAUGAUAGAAUAAAAAGUCUUACAUUUACCUUGUAGAAGAAAAAAACUUCACAAUCCAAAACCAGUAGGCAGAAAACAUUAAUAUUCAGUCUGGUCCACCUUUAAUAUCAGAGCCACCUUAAGAGCUCUUUAAAUAUUCACAGGUGACAAUACAUUUAGAUACAGAAACCGUAAGUUAGUCAUAAUAAAUUCCUCUAAGAGUGCUUGCACAUGUGCGGAGUGCUCCCAAAGACACUGGUCGCCAUCUUGGAAUACGUAGAGUCGAAUAAACACAGGAAACAAGUAAUAAGGGAAGCGCCCGAGAGUGGUGACACAUGCGUCCAGCGCUAUCCAGACACCGGUAGACAUCUUGGUCCUCCCACAAUGAUGAACAACCUGGCAAAAUACAUUUUAAGUCCCCAAUUUGGGCAAAAACCAGAUGAAAACUUGCAAGGUGUAAGUACAAGAAUACUCUUUGAUAAUAUAUGCCUAUAGCUUCCUUACCACUUCAGGAUAGACUGUUAAACUAUAGACAGGAUAUUAAAGACAUACCAGGAUCUUGAGUUAAUAUAAUCUAAUAUAGUAACUUUCAACCAAGGAGUCCAUAACUGAAUGGGCUGUAUCUGAGUUUUUCUAUAAGGAGAGAGGCUGAACUAUAUAUAGUUACCACUCAAAAUCUAUGGCAGGUGAAAAAUAUCUAUGUUGCCCAACAGCUGUAGGACUGCUGUUUUAGGGGAGGGGGACUCUAAUUAUUGCUUCCUCUAAAUGUAAUUUUAAUAAUCCUGUCCUAAUCACGUUUUAACCCAUAGGUAAUGCUGACAUCACCCCCUGCUCUUGGAUAAGUGCUGGGCUUUGCCAGUUGCCCAGCACAAUCACGGUGUGUAGGAGCUGCAGCACGAGAGGUAGUUUUCUCUUUCAUGCUGCAAUCACUCUGCUGAUGUCAGAAGAGGGAAUCCCUCUGAGAUGGAUUUAGGGUAUGUUUUCGUGGUGGGAUUAUGGUCCGGAUUAAAGCUUGGAUUAGGGGUUGCAUUAAGAGAAAAUGUAUACAUGUGGGGUAUCAUGGUUAUCGAGAACAGUAGGAGAAUUAAAAUAUGGGGUGUUUGCAAUAGUGGGAAACACAUAUUCUGUGAAUUUCCCCUAACGUGUUUGAGGGGAGGAGGGAAGAAACACCUAGGUAUGUGAUAAAAUGGUUUUUUAAAAAGUGUCAAAAUGCUCUUCAUUACAUAACCGGGGGGAUGUACUUUCUACCAUUUUGUGACCACUAUAAAGUUCUAAUCUCAGGAUGCCAAUUGUUUUCUUUAAGACCAUAAUUGUACUCCUUGAAGUAUUUUGUUUUAAAACUUCUAAAAAUGUAUUUAACUCCUAGACACAUAGGACAUAUUAACAGUCAGGACUAAUUAGUGAAUCCAUUUUGAGUUUUCUUUAGUUGCACUUGAUGUGUAGAAAUUAUUAAAUGUAUGUAUUAAUAUUCUAUUCCUAGUUAACAUUCCAAAGAAGGCCUAUUUUUCUUUUUAAAAAAGGAUUACAAAGUUAUAAUAAUUUAUGAAUGCAAAGACUUUCUGUGGCUGUCCAAUCACAUCUUUCCAAUGCAGCUCAAUGAAAAAACUCUGUGAGGUAGGUUUUCUGAACUAUUCCCUGCCUCUUGUGUUUAUAUAACCUGAUCUAAACAAACCAGGAAGCAACAUGACCUGUUGUCUGAUUGGCAGCCAGCGGAUUGCUACAAGGUAAAUGCAUAAUUAUGCAGAUUUCUUUUUAAAUCUGCACUUCUUGUAAAAUGAAAAACACAUGAAGCUCCUAACACAUAGAGCUGGAGUGCUUUAGGGGGUCUGGUGUUCGUAUUUUUUUUAUUUAUUUAUUUUUUUAUAUUAGGAUUGUAGACCUAAACGGAGGCAGAGAGUUUUUGCUGUUUGGUCCAUCAUAUUUUUUUUAUUUUUUUUUCAAUUCUGUUUAAAUUCCAAAGAAUUCACUUUUUAGUGAAUUGCCUUGACAGUGUGAAUAUCACAUAUUAAGGAGAGGUCAAUGCCAAAAAUAUUUUAUUUAUUUUAAAGUAAUGAACAACAUAAUAACUGGUUCAUAAAAAAGUCUGUAUAAACAAGGAACAUAACUUAAGAUCAAUAAAAAAAAAGUACGUGUUUUCUGCAAAUUUCGGAAACCAUGCAUUGGUGUACCUAUGUCUAGUAAAUGUAUUCCAUUAUGUGUUUUUUAAUUUGUAGGUCUGAUUGUGUAUUUUGGUUACGGCAUCUGGCACAGCAAAGAAAACUUGCACGACUCCAAGAGUCAUGGAGUCACAGCUCGUUAUGUUGUCUUUCCAAGCAGCAGUAUGGAAGAGACUGUUCAGCAGAUCCAACCAAACACACAGGACUCCAUGGGAAGGGCUGAGAUUAUUGAUGAUGAAACGCAAAAUAGAUGAUGGCUUUAAAAACGGAAUGUCUUUACAGUAAAAGGACUUCUAUGUAAUAGUGUAUCUGGGUCACAUGGAAUUUGUCAUCUGCACUGAGAAAUUAGAGAACUACUGAACCGUUAGAAUCUUUUUUUUUUUUUUUUUUAAGAGCUUUUAGAUGUUACUUGUUCAUUAUCCAUAUAACCAUGUCCUGAAACCAUUCUCAAACAAAAAAUCUAAUUUCUACAAACAUUCGGAUAUAGGAAACCAUUGUGGCAACACAAACUAAAAGAAUUAGGUUGUUAAAGCACAAAAAAAAACACUUUAACCGUGUCAGUGCCAGAGGGAUGAGCAACGCACCUCUCAAUUUAUAUCAAGCUUUCAAGCAUUGCAUUCCUGUACAAAUGUUAUAAUGUUUGAAUUACGUAUAUUAUUUAUGAAAUUGUAGCACUGAUGUACAGAAGAUUAAUGAGCAGACCUGCACUAAAUUGAUAAAAAAAAAUAUAUAAUAAACCGAAAAGUGAGCAUCCUUAUUUAUUUCUCAAAUAGUCUUUUUAAGGGCCACCAACCUUUGUGAUAGAUGUUCUUACAACCCACUGCUGAGACAGAAAUUGUUUGAAAAUAUUGCUCUCUCAGAAUUUUACUGUUCUUUUCUAUGUAAUAUUAUAACAUAUCAAGUUAAUGGUUACCAUAAAAGUAUGUUUGUUUGUUUUUUUUGUUUUUUAUUUCAAAUACAAAGUUUCUAAAUGUCAUACUAUAUUUUACAAUAAGCGUAUAUAUGCAGUGGUUUUAUCCCACAACAAAGCUAAUGACUGAUCUUUUGAAGUAGAGUAAUAGAAUACAGUGAUAAGAGGUGCACCAGUGCAAGGAUCAUCUAAUUAGAAAUACUCAAACAAAGAAAAAGAUGCUAAAUAGUAAGGUCCUAUACCCUAAAAGACCAAAUGACAUAGAAAAAAGUUCAUACGUAGAACAAUCAGUCAGAAGCAUUUCAACCCUUAAAGGGAGAGUAUAGUCACGAGAACCACCACCGCUGAAUGUAGUGAGUCUGGUGUCUAUAGCCUGUCCCUGCAGCCUUAAACUGUAAAUGCUGCGUUUUCAGAAAAAAGGCAGUGUUUACAUUGCUGGCUAGUUACACCACUAGUGGCCGUCAGUCAGGCCACAGUGUGCAGCACUGGCAUUCAGCAUGCAUGGAGACAUUGAAGGUUCUCCACAGAGAUGCAUUUCCAAUGGGAAAGCAUUGAUUGGCUAUGAUCAUCAAUGUUGAUGAUCUCAGCCAUGGAGGUAGGGCCAGCCACAUUGAGACCUGCAGGGAAAAAAGGUAAGUAAAAUCACCUUUAAGCUCCACGGAGAGGGGGGUCUGGAAACCUAAACAGUAAUUCCUGCACUAUAAUGUCAGGAACACAUGUUUGUAUUGCUGACCAUAUAGUGUUUCUUUAGUACCUCAUUCCAAAUGUAAUUUGGUUAUUAUAAGUGGAAAAAAAUGAUUGCCUUUUUUACACUUUAAAAAGGUGUGCUUUGGCUAUUGUAAUUUUGUUGAAGAGUAAUUUGGAAGAUUUAAAAGUUUCUUUAUCCAACAUAAUUAAAUUCAAAACUAUACUUUGAAUUACAGUUAAAAACAAAUCUUUCUGAAGAGACCCGUCCGAUAUGAUUUGCAUGGUAACCUCUUGCUUUCCACUGUGCAGAAAAGAUACUAGUCCUUGGUCUCUCUGAUGUUGUGUGCUUAAGCUGCCCACCCACGGAAUGCUAAAUGUUAAGUAACACUCCAAACUCCACAACAAACAAUGUUCAUUGCAUAUGUCCUAGUGUAAGAAGUCACUCUGUACCCGUCUAAUUGCACAGUGUUUCUUAUGACUACACCUAUUAGCAAGGAAUAGCUACCCUGCCCCUUUUCCUAAUCUGAUGUCAAAGAAUAUGUACUUCCUCGUUUGACAGAGAAAUAUUUAUACAGUGUGUACUCACUGUGUCAGGGUGUGCUGUGCAAACUCCUAAUACCCCUGUCCAACUCCCUAAGAGCACCCAAGGCACAGCUGCAAACUGUUAAUGGGACCAUUUGCUGCUGUGCAAUGGCUGCUGUCUUUUUAUUUAACAGUUCCACUUAUCAGGUUUGAAUAUAAUUUAAAUAUCCCUUUAAUUCUUGCUGGACAGUAGAACCGUAAAACAGACUCCACAGAUCUGAACAACAAGGUCUGGAUAAGAGGUCUGCAAUGGUCUUGCUGCCUGGCUAUGGUUCUGCAGGAUAACUGAGAACUUUAAAGGACCACUAUAGUGCCAGAAAAACAUACUCGUUUUCCUGGCACUAUAGUGCCGGGCUCUAGGGUGAGAAAGGGGUUAAAUGUACCUCUUUCUCCAGCGCCAGGCGGGGAGCUCUCCUCCUCGGCUAAAUGCGCAUGCGCGGCAAGAGCUACGUGCGCAUUCAGCCAGUCUCAUAGGAAAGCAUUAUCAAUGCUUUCCUAUGGACGCUGGCGUCUUCUCACUGUGAUUUUCACAGUGAGAAGCACGCAAGCGCCUCUAGCGGCUGUCCAUGAGACAGCCACUGAAGGCUGGAGUAACCCUAAUAUAAACAUAGCAGUUUCUCUGGAACUGCUAUGUUUAUAUAAAAAAGGGUGAACCCUAGCUGGACCUGGCACCCAGACCACUUCAUUAAGCUGAAGUGGUCUGGGUGCCUAUAGUGGUCCUUUAAAAGUGAAGCUUUUUCUUUUUAAUAUUUAAAAGAUAUAUAAAUGUAUAUUUACAUUUUCUGAUAAGUGGUACUCUAACAAAUACUAAUAUGUGGAAUGAAGUCUUUGAUUAAUUUGUACAUGAUAUUUAAAAAAAAACAAACCUUAAAUGUAUUGCUGCCUCAAAGGUUGGCAGUGUAAAGUAGUUGUUUAAAUGGACUCUUCUGCCCCAGUUAAACUCAGCUAUUCAAGAUGGAAGAUGGAGUCAUAGAGGCCAUUUGAUUAGUGCAUGAGCACUAGCCUCCCAAAGUUUCCCUACAGGGAAACACUGCAUUAGCUGAGAGGCAGAGCAGCAUCAUGGAGAAUAACAUGGUGAUGGCUGAAAUAAAUUAUACUCCCCUCUCAAGCACAUGGCACAUUUAGAAUAAUGCACAUAAAAGGGAGCUGAAUAUUGUACAAAUAUAGAGCUCGUUUGUAUUUUUCAAACCCCAAAAAAUCAAAUGCAGCAUAAAAUAUGACUUGGUAAAAGCCAAUUCUGAGAACUUGUGACAAAGUGUAACAAAUGAGUUGUCUAGGCUAAAACUGCAAAUAUCCCACCAGUCUCAGCUCUGGUUGGACCCUCCCAAUGUCAAUGGCAUGUUCCACUGUCCAGUGUUUUCUCCCUGGUGUGCCCCAAGGCAGGAACUAUCCCAGGAAGUGCACUGCAAUUAUAUUAAUGGACAUGCUGCUUACACUGUGCUUACUGUCUGAUGAUAGGAUGCAGUGCUCUAUAUAUAUAGUUGCCCCGAGUGGGGAUGGCCAGGGAGACUGUCAUUUAGACUGAUGUACCUUUAUUUCAGAUCUGCCCAUACUGAUCUCCACUGGGCACAGAUAUGAGAUUAUUCAGGGUGCCAUGAGAUUCUACAAGGAAUGCUUACAUUUUUGUGCAUUCAAUUCCAGCUGGAUAUAUUUUAACUUAAAAUAUACUUGAGAAUAUCAAAUGAGACAUGCUUGUUUUUUUUUUUUUUUUUUUUCUCUUUUCUUAAGGCAUCUAAGAUGUUAAUAUAGCUUUUUGCUUGUUACAUCCAUCCAGGCUGAGAGAGAAAACAAAUGGUAGGCAAAUGAACUGGCCCACAGGAUACAUCUGAACAAAUAAUAUUGAGGGUUAUAAUGAAAAGAGGAACGCACUUGUGAUCUAACUAGCGACUUCGCAUAUAAUCUGGGAAAUUCACCAGUAUAUCCGUUUCACCAAAAUACAACAUUGAUCCAAUUUGUUUUAUUUUAUUUUUUUUGUUAGAUUAAUUUAUUACAAUACAAUUCUUCACCAACCUGUAUCUGCCAUUAUGUGUACUGUGUGAAAAGUCACAAUGUGAAAAUAAAAAUUCAAAACUGUAAUAUA